GACAAAAGUAGGCUCCUCUCUUCCAAUUUCUCAAACAGGGCGUGCAGAGUCCAAUGACGUCUUCCGUGCUUCCUCCAAUGCAACCGGAACUUGCUGUUCCGUUUCCAUCGCCGGGAGAUAGAGAAGCGCAAGAUAAGGGGGCACUUGCUUCCUUUAUCUCUCUUCCAGUGACGUCUGAUACUGGCGACGAGGUUCCCUUGCUCAGGAGACCGCCUUUUGCUAGCCGAAGGCGGAGGACGGUGAGCGAAUCCCAAAUCGCCUACCUCUCCGUAGCACCCACUCGACGCCGUUCUUUCAGCCGGGAAGUUGGUCACGCUGCCGCGGAGACCUAUCUUCUCACCCGGCUCACCGUCAUCCUCCUCCGUUAUCUAGGUGUAGGGUACCGCUGGAUCACAAAGUUUUUGGCUCUUGUUUGUUAUGCUAUUCUUCUUAUGCCUGGAUUUAUACAGGUUGGGUACUACUAUUUCUUCUCAAGUCAGGUCCGACGAAGCAUAAUUUAUGGUGACCAGCCAAGAAACCGGCUGGAUCUAUAUUUACCUACAGAUAUCAAUGGCUCAAAGCCAGUCGUGGCAUUUUUGACUGGAGGAGCUUGGAUCAUUGGUUAUAAAGCAUGGGGUUGUCUGCUGGGGAGGCGUUUGUCAGAAAGAGGAAUAAUUGUAGCAUGCAUAGAUUACAGAAAUUUUCCUCAAGGAACAAUUAGUGACAUGGUAAAAGAUGCUUCUGAAGGAAUAUCAUUUGUAUGCAAUAAUAUUGCUAGCUAUGGAGGCGAUCGGGACCGGAUCUAUUUAAUGGGACAGUCUGCGGGUGCACAUAUUGCCUCUUGUGCUCUGGUGCAUCAGGCAAUUAAGGAAUGUGAAGAAGGAGAUGACAUUAGUUGGAGUGUUUCUCAGUUGAAUGCGUACUUCGGUCUAUCUGGAGGGUACAAUAUGCUCAACUUAGUUGAUCAUUUCGAUAGGCGUGGCCUAUACCGCUCUAUUUUCCUCAGCAUAAUGGAAGGGGAGCAAUCCUUGCCGCAUUUUUCACCUGAAAUUGUUGUGAGGAACUUGAUUAACAGAUCGGAUGUUCCACCGCUGCCUCCCAUAAUACUGUUUCAUGGAAAAAGUGAUUAUUCUAUACCAUCAGAUGCUAGCACCACUUUUGCCGAAGCACUUCAAAGUAUAGGUGUUCAAGCCACAGUAGUUCUUUAUGACGGAAAAACGCACACGGAUUUAUUUCUUCAGGAUCCUUUGAGAGGUGGUAGAGAUGCGCUACUUGAAGACAUACUCUCUUACAUCCAUGUUGGUGAUGCUGCUUCUCUAGCUGAGGAUGCUGUUGCACCUCCUGCAAGACGUCUUGUUCCUGAAUUGAUGCUGCAAUUAGCUCGCAAAGUCAGCCCUUUUUAAAUCUCAACCGAAUUUUGAGAUUUUUCUACAAGACGAUGCGGCAUAUUUUUUUGUGGACUUGACAUACUAAGGUUGCUUUCAGGCGUUGUAAUUUCCAGAAGUCAACUGGUUUGCAUAACUUAAAUAGCUAACUCACUUCAUUUUGAUGAAUUGGUGUGAGCGAAGUACCAAAAAAGGAAUCAUCAGAGUUCUUCAGAAUUGACUAGGAUACAAGAGGGAUGUAGCACGCGAAUCACUAUUCUGCUCCCCUAACAAAAUGUUUUAUCAUAAAGUUAUCUAAAUCUGAUAUUUUGUAAUAUCUUAGCUUAUGAAUACCGGUUAAUUGGUAGCAUGCUUGCCAUCAUUAUAUUAAACUAUUUAAUUUUAAAUUAUUGUAACCAACUCCUUGUGCUGAAAGUGUCAAAUAUCAAGUC